AUGGACAGAAGCUGGAAGCUGCCUGGGAUCGUAAGGACUGGGAUUCUCCUGCUGGCUGCUUGUCGGAUCUGUACAACUGCCUGCCCGGCUCUAUGUAGCUGUGCAGGGACCACUGUAGAUUGUCACGGGCUCGGGCUGAGAGCCAUCCCCAAGAACAUCCCAAGGAACGCGGAGAGACUGGAGCUUAAUGGAAACAACAUCUCACGGAUCAGCAAAAGUGACUUCUUGGGACUCAGGCACAUUAGGGUUCUACAACUUAUGGAGAAUCACAUCAGUUCAAUUGAACGUGGUGCUUUUGACGACAUGAAGGAGUUGGAAAGAUUGCGGCUGAAUCGCAAUCAGCUACAGAUUCUGCCAGAAUUACUCUUUCAGAAGAACCCUACUCUCUACAGACUGGAUCUGAGUGAGAAUUUCAUCCAGGCUAUUCCCAGGAAGGCAUUCCGUGGAGCGACCGACAUCAAGAACUUGCAGCUGGAUAAAAAUCAAAUUACUUGCAUUGAGGAAGGCGCGUUCCGAGCCCUCAGGAGCCUGGAGGUUCUGACCCUGAAUAACAACAAUAUCAGCAGUAUCCCUGUCUCCAGCUUCAACCACAUGCCAAAGCUUCGCACCUUUCGCCUGCACUCCAACCACCUCUACUGCGACUGCCACCUCUCCUGGCUCUCCCAGUGGCUCCGUCAGCGCCCGCAGAUCGGGCUCUUCACGCAGUGCACCGCGCCGCCAGACCUCCGUGGGCUCAACGUGGCGGAAAUACAGAAGCACGAGUUUUCCUGUACAGGUUAUUCGGACAGCUCUCGGUCCCAGUCCUGUGGCUUGGCUUCUGGUUCAUGUCCUGCCGUGUGCACAUGCAGCAACAGCAUCGUCGACUGUCGGGGAAAGGGCUUGACCGCCAUUCCCGCCAAUCUCCCCGAGACCAUCACCGAAAUACGACUGGAACAGAACGGAAUUAAAUCAGUUCCACCAGGAACAUUUACUCCAUAUAAAAAGCUGCGACGUAUAGAUCUCAGCAACAACCACAUUGCUGAGAUUGCACCUGAUGCGUUCCAGGGACUUCGAUCACUUAAUUCCCUGGUCCUGUAUGGAAACAAAAUCAACGAGCUUCCGAAGGGAGUGUUUGACGGUCUCUACGCUUUACAACUUCUGCUCUUGAAUGCUAAUAAAAUCAACUGCAUUCGAGCGGAUGCCUUUCAGGAUCUACAAAAUCUCAGCCUCCUCUCGCUCUACGACAACAAGAUCCAGACACUGGCCAAAGGGACCUUCACUUCACUCCGUGCCAUCCAGACUCUGCACUUAGCCCAAAACCCGUUCAUCUGUGACUGCCACCUCAAGUGGCUUGCCGACUACCUUCGCUCCAAUCCGAUUGAGACCAGCGGGGCUCGCUGUGCCAGUCCACGACGCUUGGCAAACAAGAGGAUCGGGCAGAUCAAAAGCAAGAAGUUCCGGUGCUCAGCAAAAGAACAGUAUUUCAUCCCAGGUACCGAAGAUCACCGUCUGGGGACCGAGUGCAAUGGAGACACAGUCUGCCCACCAAAGUGCCGCUGUGAGUCCAACGUGGUGGAUUGUUCAAAUCAGGAACUAACCAAGGUCCCAGAGUUUAUUCCACAGUCAACCAUGGAGCUGCGUUUGACCAACAACGAUAUUUCGCUUUUGGAAGCCACUGGUCUGUUCCGGAAGCUUCCACAGUUGAGAAAGAUAAACCUGAGCAACAAUAAGAUUACGGAAAUUGAGGAUGGAACGUUUGAAGGUGCUUCUUCUGUUAGUGAAUUACACCUUACAGCCAAUCAGCUCGAUUCCAUUAGAAGUGGGAUGUUUCGGGGUCUUGAUGGAUUACGAACUUUGAUGUUGAGGAAUAAUCGCAUCAACUGUGUCCACAACGACAGCUUCACAGGAUUGAGUGCCGUGCGCCUGCUCUCGCUCUAUGACAACCACAUCGCCACCAUCACACCAGCUGCCUUCGACACCCUCCACUCGCUCUCUACCCUCAAUCUCCUUGCAAACUCCUUCAACUGUAACUGCCAACUGGCCUGGCUGGGAGAGUGGUUGAGAAGGAGGAAAAUAGUCAGCGGAAACCCACGAUGCCAGAAGCCGGACUUCCUGAGAGAGAUCCCCCUACAGGAUGUGGCUUAUCAGGACUUCCGCUGUGAAGAAGGAUAUGAGGAGAGCAGCUGUGUCCCUCGCCCUCAGUGCCCUGCGGAAUGCACCUGCCUGGAGACUGUCGUCCGCUGUAGCAACAAACAUCUGAAAUCUCUACCGAGAGGCAUCCCAAAGAACGUGACUGAACUGUACCUGGACGGUAACCAGUUCAGUUCAGUUCCCACCGUACUCUACACCUUCAAACAUCUACAGCUGGUGGAUAUGAGUAACAACCGGAUCAGUUCCUUGACCAAUACAUCUUUCAUCAAUAUGAGCCAGCUGACAACACUGAUUCUCAGUUAUAAUUCCUUACGAUGCAUCCCUGCCUCUGCAUUCCAGGGUCUCCGCUCUCUCCGGCUCCUGUCACUACAUGGGAAUGACAUCUCCACUCUUCCCAAAGGAAUCUUUGGCGAUGUGGCUUCUCUAUCUCACCUUGCCAUUGGAGCCAACCCACUCUACUGUGACUGCAAUCUCCGCUGGCUUUCAGACUGGGUUAAAACUGGGUACAAAGAGCCUGGCAUUGCCCGCUGUGCUGGGCCAGGAGACAUGGAGGGCAAGCUCCUUUUGACAACUCCCGCCAAGAAGUUUGAGUGCCAGGGUCCAACAGAGCUGAGCAUCUUGGCAAAGUGUAGCCCUUGCCUGUCCAACCCCUGCAAGAACCAAGGAACUUGCCAGGAUGACCCCUUGGAUUAUUACAGAUGCAGCUGCCCGUAUGGCUACAAGGGCAGACACUGUGAAUCUCCAAUCAACGCCUGCAUCAGUAACCCUUGUGAGAACGGAGGGACGUGCCAUGUGAAAGAGAGUGACCACAGUCCAUUCUGGUGUACCUGCUCAGAGGGUUUCCUGGGGAACACCUGUGCCACCAAUAUUGAUGACUGUGCAGAGAAUGCCUGUAAAAAUGGUGCCACUUGUUUGGAUGGGAUCAGUAACUAUACCUGCCUCUGCCCUCCAUAUCACACAGGAGACCUGUGUGAGGAGGUGGUUGACCAGUGUACACCCGACUUAAACCCUUGCCAGCGGAACUCCAAGUGUGCGGUCACCACUGAGGGGCCCAAGUGUGAGUGCAACUCUGGGUUUGUCGGUGAUAACUGCAGCGUUGCCAUUGACAACUGUGAGGAUCACAAGUGUCAGGGAAACAGUGUCUGCAUAAAUGGAAUAGACAGCUAUACCUGCUUGUGCUCGGAAGGUUUCAGUGGCCAAUUCUGUGAGCUCCCCUCCCCGGCUCCUGCUCAGUGCCAAAUGCAGGAUUGCCUCAACGGUGGGCAGUGUGUGAAUAUUGGUGCCCGCGCCCUGUGCCAGUGCCUCCCCGGUUUCGGAGGAGCACGGUGCGACAAGCUGGUCAGCGUCAACUUUGUGGAUCGGGACUCCUAUCUCCAGUUCACCGAGCUCAAGAACUGGCCGCGCGCAAACAUCUCGCUGCAGGUCUCCACUGCGGAAGAUAAUGGGAUCCUCCUCUACAACGGGGACAAUGACCACAUAGCGGUUGAACUUUACCAGGGUCACGUGAGGGUCAGCUACGACCCAGGCAGUUACCCGAGCUCUGCCAUCUACAGCCUGGAGACGAUCAAUGAUGGACAGUUCCACACGGUAGAGAUUGUGACCUUGGACCAGAUGGUGAAUCUCUCCAUCGAUGGUGGGACACCCAAGAGCAUGGAGAGCUCUGUCAAGCAGUCUACACUCAACCGUGAGACACCACUUUACAUCGGAGGGAUGCCUGUCGAUGUGAAUUCCGCAGCAUUCCGCCUCUGGCAGAUCCAGAACGGGUCCAGCUUCCAUGGGUGCAUCCAAAACCUGUACAUCAACAACGAGCUCCAGGACUUCACCAAGACACAGAUGAAAGCUGGCGUGGUGCCAGGCUGUGAGCCCUGCCGGAAGAUCGUCUGCCUCCAUGGCAUCUGCCAGCCCCGCACAGACUCUGACCCCGUCUGUCACUGUGAGCCGGGCUGGAUGGGACCUCGUUGUGACCAGCCGCUCGGUGACCCUUGCCUGGGACACAAAUGUGUACAUGGUAGCUGCGUGGCGCUGGACCUAGUGACUUACCGCUGUGAGUGUGACGAGGGACACAAGGGAGCGCUCUGCAACCAGCAACAGGAACUGUUUAACCCCUGCAAGAGACUGCAAUGCGAGCACGGACAGUGUCAGAUCUCUGAGCUCGGAGAGGCCAAGUGUGAGUGUGAGAAUGGUUACACCGGAGAUCUCUGCAACCAAGAAGCGGAGUGUCGAGGGGUGCCCGUGCGAGAUUAUUACCAGCUGCAGAGAGGGUACACCAUCUGCCAGAGCACACGACGAGUCUCCUGGGUGGAGUGCCAGGGAUCGUGCCAGGGUCGGGGGUGCUGCAUCGAGCUGAGAGUGAAGCGACGGAAAUAUACCUUUGAGUGUAGCGAUGGCUCAUCCUUCACUGAGCAAGUGGAGAAAAGCACCAAGUGUGGCUGCACCCGGUGCCUGUAGCUCCGAAUGAUCCCUCACCCGAAACAGAGUAUAUUAUAUAUAUUAAAACAAAAAUACACACAAGUCAACAACAUCACAAAGCAGCAAGAUCGAUGAAGGAUGGUGACUUAUUUGUAUAAUAAGACUUGUUUAAAGCAACCACAAAAAUAAAAUGAAACAUUGU